GUUUUGAAGCAACUUCAGUGAAUAAAGCAGAUCGGCCUAUUUAUCUUGAUAUGCAAGCUACAACUCCUACUGAUCCACGCGUACUUGAUGCAAUGAUGCCAUAUUUGACACAACAAUAUGGUAAUCCACAUUCAAGAACGCACGCAUAUGGUUGGGAGGCUGAAAAAGCUGUUGAAAAAGCUCGUGCAUAUGUAGCUAAAUUAAUUGGAGCGGAUCCAAAAGAAAUAAUAUUUACAUCAGGAGCUACAGAAUCGAAUAAUAUUAGUAUUAAAGGUGUUGCACGAUUUUAUAAAAGUGGCAAGAAACAUAUUAUUACAACUCAAAUUGAACAUAAAUGUGUCCUUGAUUCAUGUCGAGUACUUUCUGAAGAAGGAUUCGAUGUAACCUAUUUACCCGUUCAACCAUCAGGUCUUAUUGAUUUGAAUCUUUUAGCCGAAACAAUACGUCCGGAUACAUCUUUAGUGUCUAUAAUGACUGUUAACAAUGAGAUUGGAGUGACACAACCUAUUAAAGAAAUUGGACAAAUUUGUCGAUCUAAAAAAGUAUUUUUUCAUACAGACGCUGCACAAGCAGUUGGAAAAAUUCCUGUUGAUGUUAACGAAAUGAAUAUUGAUCUUAUGAGCAUUUCAGGUCAUAAGAUUUAUGGACCGAAAGGGGUAGGUGUCUUAUAUGUACGUAGAAAACCAAGGGUUAGGGUUGAAGCGCUGCAAAGUGGUGGUGGGCAAGAAAGAGGAUUGAGAAGCGGAACUGUACCUACACCGUUAGUUGUAGGACUAGGAGAAGCAUGUAGAAUUGCUAAGGAGGAAAUGGAGUACGAUUCAGAGCGUGUUAAAAAACUCUCACAAAGACUAAUCAACGGAAUUAUGAAAAAAGUUCAACACGUUGUUCGCAAUGGAGAUCCAACUGCAACUUAUCCAGGUUGUGUUAAUCUCUCAUUCGCCUAUAUUGAGGGCGAGUCACUUUUAAUGGCACUUAAAGAUAUUGCACUUUCUUCGGGUUCAGCGUGUACUUCAGCGUCUUUGGAACCCUCCUACGUUUUACGUGCAUUAGGAGCCGAUGAUGAUAUGGCACAUUCAAGCAUUAGAUUUGGUAUAGGAAGAUUUACUACAGAACAGGAAAUUGAUCUCGUUGUGGACAGAGUUGUGAAACAUGUUGACAGGCUAAGAGAGAUGUCACCGCUUUGGGAAAUGGUUCAAGAAGGCGUAGACUUGAAAUCAAUCCAAUGGGCCCAACAUUAA